UUUCCAGCCAGUGACAUCCUAUCAAUUUUCGCUUAAUAAACAUGUCAAUAAUUUUGAUAACUCAUCAUGAUGAAAAUAUUUACAACAUCACAAAAUCACAAGGAGCCUUCAAGAGCAAGGCUCCUCCAUACAAAUCCAAGUUCAGAGAUCGAUCCAACAGAACUCACAAGCAUUUCAAGAGAUGCGUGAAACAGCACGCUACCAUGGGCCUUCCAGAAGAGGAACCCCCAGAUCCUACAAAUUAUCUCAAAAAACAUACAGGCAUACCCUCGUACACCAUUUGCAAACCACCUAAGGAAGCGAAACCCUGUGAACAUUUGCCGCACAGAGAUAAAGUGCCCACUGUGAGCGAACUCGCGAAAAUCGACGACAAACCGAAACCCCAAAAAAAUUUCGUCGUACAAAAUAUCAAAACGAUGUCGAAAAUGAAGGCCAAAGAACCAGAACCGAAAACAGUUGUGGAUAAAAGUGGUACCAGCAAACCACUGAAGGCUGGACUGGAACCGAUUUAUAUUAAACUACCCAAAUUCGGAAAAACGCCUAAGUAUCUGGUGAGGUUCAUAAAAAUCAAAGAGAAGGAAUACCAGAUGAAGAAAGACGCGACUGGAGUUCAACAGCCAUUAUGCAGAUAUAUUACCAGGGAUGAGAGAGAACAACUUCUCAAUGGACUAAAGCAAAAUUGGGAAGAGCUUCAGAAGCAGUACCAAGUUCUACCGAUAUUGACUGACACAAUACCGAAGAAAAUCAGGAAAUCCAAGAUGGAAGCUGACUUGAAACAGCUGGAAAAAGACAUUGUGCUAGUCGAAAGGCAUCCCUAUAUUUACGUUUACGAUGAUAAUGAAGUCCAAUAAGGUCUGAAAAAGAAAUAUGAAUAAAUUGAAAAAG